AAACAUUAGUGUUUACCGCAUGCGAAGACGUGUAAUCGGCUGUUUGUUGAUGCUCCGCAGCAAAAUGUCUUUCUAUGCAGUUAGAAAGGGAAGGAAUCCCGGAGUAUAUCAGACGUGGGCACAGUGUCAAGAACAAGUUGCCAAAUUCACAGGGGCAAAAUUCCGGAAAUUCUCCACAGAGGCUGAAGCUUGGGAGUUUGUCAACGAGGAUGCAGGUAUGUCCUCAUCUAACUCAUACAGCCAAGGGUCAGUGUUGGGAAGUUCAGAUAAUGGCCUACAAUUCAAGAUACAGGCUAUCAUGUCCACUAUGAACUUGUUCAAACAGCAGCUCACAUCUCUGAGUAGCCUGGGUGAUAAGUUGUCUACUGAAAUUGAGGAUUUGCAAUGUGCUGUGGGUUUGCGCUCUGGAGGUCUGAGCCCAGCCAAGUCAUAUACUCCAGGAGUGAAGCGAGCCUUCACCACAGGUACAAGGAGCGGGCAGUUUGGGCCUCAGCCUCCCAAGAAGAGCAACUUGAGGAAGACAAAAUCCCAGGAUUCCACCCCAGAAUAUUGGACAGGAAAGAAAUUCAAUGAAGAAGAUGGAGUUACAGUGUAUACUGAUGGAGCUUGUGGGGAUAAUGGGCGAAAUGGAGCCAGGGCCGGGCUGGGUGUCUUCUGGGGUGAAGGGGAUUCCAGAAAUUUGAGCGAGAGAUUACCGGGUAGACCCACAAAUAACAGAGCCGAAAUCCAUGCUGCCAGACGUGCAGUAGAACAAGCCAAAGCCUACGGAAUAAAAAACCUCAUCCUUCAUACAGACAGUCAGUUCCUCAUCAACAGUAUUACAACCUGGAUCAAAGGCUGGAAGAAAAAUGACUGGGUGAAAACAACAGGAGAACCUGUAAUAAACAAGGAAGAUUUUCUACAACUAGAUCGAGUUAUUCAGGAUAUGAAUAUUAAAUGGGUUUAUGUCAAAGGUCACCAUGGAAUUCCAGGGAAUGAAGCUGCUGACAGACUUGCCACAGAAGGAGCCAAAAAACCACAGCCAUGUUCAUGACAAUGUAAAUAAACUGUACAUACAUGCAAAGGAUCUCAGAAAUUUUAUGUGUCUGAUGGCUGGGAAUUAUUGAAAGAAAAUACAAUUGAAAUGGGAAAUUUCUCACAUUUGGAUUGCCAGUGAUGUCAUUUUCAGUGUUUUGUGUUUUUUCUUACUUAAAAUUUCAAGCCCAGAUUUCAGACCAACCUCUUGCUUGUUUCUCUGUGGCUUCAUACUGGGUACUCUUUCAGGUACAUGACAAAGGAUGAUCAUUUCCUUCAGGCUUUGUUAGUUUUCCGCGCUUUGUCAGUCCCUCCAGGCUUUGUCAGUUCUUCCAGGCUUUGUUAGUUUUUCCAGGCUUUGUCAAUCCCCCCAGGCUUUGUCCAUUCCCCCAGGCUUUGUCAGUCCCCUGGGCUUUGUCAGUCCUCUCAGGCUUUGUCAGUCCCCCCUGGCUUUGUCAGAUACUUCAGGCUGUGGUUGGUAGUUUGAUUCCUCCAAUCCAUUUUUGGUUCCUUCAAACUGU